UUCAAGUCAUUCAUCGGAUCGAAAAAAGGCUUCUUCUCUCGGCCUUCAAACCUUUCCCUCCUUCCCUCUCCCGUGCUCUGCUCACGGCUCAUUUCCAGAAGAACCCAUUAAAGAGGAAGAAGAAAGCUCUCUCUCUCUCUCUCUCUCUCUCUCGCCAUUAAGGCCGUGGUUAGAUUAGAUUAGAUCACUGGAAACAGAGCUCGGACACAGAGAGAGAGAGAGAGAGAGAGAGAGAGAGAGAGAGUAGAGAGGUAGAGGUGGCUUCAGGUCUGUCUCCGAUGGCUGCUGCUGCGAAGGAGACUCGGUCUGCUGCUUCCGGCGAAGGGACGAGCAACAUCAGGGGAGUCCUCACGCACGGCGGUCGCUAUGUGCAGUACAACGUCUACGGCAACCUCUUCGAGGUCUCCACCAAGUACGUACCCCCCAUUCGCCCCAUCGGCCGCGGCUCUUACGGCCUUGUCUGUGCUGCUGUGAACUCUGAGACACGGGAGGAGGUUGCGAUUAAGAAGAUCGGUAAUGCAUUUGACAACAGGAUAGAUGCCAAGAGGACGUUGAGAGAAAUAAAGCUACUCCGCCACAUGGAUCAUGAGAAUAUUAUUGCCAUCAAGGACAUCAUAAGGCCUCCCAAAAAGGAAAUAUUUAAUGAUGUAUACAUUGUUUAUGAGUUGAUGGACACUGACCUCCACCAGAUUAUUCGUUCUGACCAACCAUUGACAGAUGACCAUUGUCAGUACUUCCUGUAUCAGUUGUUACGUGGCCUGAAAUAUGUGCAUUCUGCCAAUGUCUUGCACCGUGAUCUUAAGCCUAGCAACUUGCUUCUGAACGCAAACUGUGACCUCAAAAUAGGAGACUUUGGUUUGGCAAGGACAACCUCUGAGACAGAUUUCAUGACUGAGUAUGUUGUCACCCGUUGGUACCGAGCUCCUGAGCUGCUCCUUAAUUGCUCAGAGUACACCGCUGCAAUCGAUAUUUGGUCAGUUGGUUGUAUUCUUGGUGAGAUUGCAACCCGAGAACCUCUCUUCCCUGGCAAAGACUAUGUUCAUCAGCUGAGGCUAAUCACAGAGUUAAUAGGUUCUCCAGAUGAUGCCAGUUUAGGAUUUCUCCGGAGUAACAAUGCACGCAGAUACGUCCGGCAGCUCCCACAGUACCGAAAACAACAACUCUCCACCAGAUUCCCAAAUAUGUCUUCAAAAGCUGUGGAUCUCUUGGAUAAGAUGCUUGUUUUCGAUCCCACCAAACGCAUAACAGUUGAUGAGGCCCUUUGUCACCCUUACUUGUCGUCUCUGCACGACGUCAACGAUGAGCCCGCUUGCCCACAGCCUUUCAGCUUUGAUUUCGAGCACCCCUCUUGCACAGAGGAGCACAUUAAAGAGCUCAUCUGGAAGGAAUCCAUGAAGUUCAACCCCGAUCCCGCUGAUUAGGAUGAAUGAGCAGUGCAGGGCUUCUUGUACUCUACAUCUACAGAGGUCAUAGAAAUAAGCUUCACCUGGGAUGUAAUAUAUAUUCGGUGGCCUUCUCCUCGAGCAGGGAACUACUUUAAUUUAAUUGCUGCGAACAAAAAUCGAGAUCAAUUUCUGUAAAAGGAGCUAAGUGAACUAUUCAAGGGAGAAUCCGCUUCUCCUGGAUUAACAGUGAGGAAAUAUUAGUGCAGUCGUAUCUCUUAUCUUA